AUGCCAUCAAAAGUAGCUGUUCCAGCUAUUGAGCUUAACAGGAUACUAGAUAAAACUCCGAAAUCACUGCAGCCGUUGGCCUCUACUACUACAACAUUGGGAUCUACAACUACAACACCAAGACCGGCAACAAAGGAAUCUGUACCAACUUCGCCGGGAUUAAAUGUGGCUGAAUCUAUUAAUCUCAACAUUGACCUUAACAUGGAGCCAAAACCAAUGGGGCCUAAACCAAUAGGACUUAAACCCUCGACUGGUACAUUACUGGGGUCUACUACUACAACAGUUCCAAGUGAUACAACAACAGAUCGAGGACAUACAUCGACAACAGUUCCAGGAUAUACUUCGACAACAGUUCGAGGUUAUACAUCGACAACGGGAUAUACAUCGACAACAGGUCGAGGAUAUACAUCGACAACUGGGCGAGGAUAUACAUCGACAACGGGAUAUACAUCGACAACAGUUGUAUCAGAAAUUUCCAGAGUAACAUGUUCUGAACCUGCAGUAGAGGCCGGAAUAAAAUUUAUGGUUCAAGAUACUGGUGAUACUUUGUCGUACCAAUGUCAAUCUGGUUAUCGCCAUGUGUUCGGUGAUUUGACAAGAACAUGUAUGAAAAAUGGCACAUGGGAUGGUAUUGCUCCAGUUUGUCAUAAAGCAGCAUGUAACCGACCAGCAAGAGGCGGGGUAUCACCUUCUCCCUACAAGCAGACGUAUGAUGUAGGAGAAGUUGUCACAUUCACAUGUAGAAACUUUAGCGUCGGUAAAAAGAUUCGUGUGACUUGCACGUCUUCUGGUAGAUGGUCAGGACCUUCAUCUUUAUAUUGCUUUUAAAAUUAUAACCAAAGGACUUUAUCUUUGAGUACUACCUUAUGUGCAAUUAUAUUUUAAUCUAAUGACAUUGCUCCAAUUUAAUAAGUCAAAGAAAAGUUAUGUGUUUUCUUCUC